AUGACCAAAGUGCGACGACCGAUGUCGAUGGAUGCUGAGGCUAGUUGGCUGUCGGCUGGGCUACGGCGAGUCGGCGACGGGGAAUCGCAGCAGGGUAGUCGCCGAACAGAGCAGGCUGGCUGGGUUACGGAGAUUCAGAUUGCCGCGACGUUUGGAGAGUUGAGCUGCUGGCUGCGCGGAUACGACUGUCGAGGACAGAGGCCGGACUCGGAGAGGACUAGAGGAGAUGAGGAAUCGAGGAGAGUUGAGUUGUUGACUGCGAGGUGCGCCUGCCUGUCGAGUGUAGAGGAGAGCUGUCGACAAGGGAAUUAG